UGCAGCCGCAGCUCGCUGCACUGUGCGGCCGCACCGGAACAUAACAGCAAACAAUGUGCAGGAAGAGAGAGACAAUUGAAUCUCUCCAGACAGAGUGACCGAUCAUGGCCAGUCGGUGGCAACAAGGUCCCCGCGGCCGCUCAGAAGUGCCCGCCGGUGGCCUAAAAACGACGCAAGUGCCCGACCAACAAGAACCGUCCGGAGAGACCGAGGACGCGGCGGAGUCGCUGCGGGAGCUGCCGCGAUGGAUGCGGCUUUACUUCUACGGGAUGCACGGCGUGACUCUGGAUGUCCUGCUCUCGUCGUUGCAUGGGGUUUUGAAUUAUCGGGACCCUAAACUGGUGGGCUUCUCCUCUCCGUAUCUCUGCAUUAUGCAUUCACUGACCCACUUUGCGCUGGAGAAGAUCUACUCACAGAAGAGGUGUUUCCGUGGUCGGCCUGUGGUGUUUCAUCUUGUUUUCUACCCGUCUGUCUACAUCGGGCUGCAGAUCCUGAUCGGGAACAUCAACACUUUGACCGAGCAGGUGAGGGUGGUGUCCGGCACGCAGCUGGCAGUGCACUACAUCCUGGCUCUCUAUUUUGCCCAGGUGUUUCACAGAGGGCUGUCUCGGCUGCAGUAUCACCCCUCCUGUCACCCCGACCCCUCCUGUCACCCCGACCCCCCCAGCGCACCCGCCCCGGAGGACAGAGGUCGCGUUCGGGGGCCUCUUCGCGGUCUCCCCGGCUUCUUGCGCUUCUUGUUCUUCGGGAUGCACGGCUUCCUGGACGAAGUGAUUUUCACCUCAGUUUUCAACCUCGUGGAGAAGUCUGAUCGGACCAUGAGCGGCCACACCUCCCUGUGGUCCUUCCUGAUGUACGGGAGCUGCAGCUUCGUGGUGGAGAAGCUCUACCUUCACCUGCACUUCAGCCGGGGAUGGGGGACGUGUCGGCGGCUCCCCAUCUACAUCUGCUUCAUCUACGCCUGGGAGUUCUCCUGGGGUCUGGUCCUGAGGCAGUUCGACGCCUGCUCCUGGGACUACUCCCAUUAUCCUCACAACUUCAUGGGACUCAUCACCCUCCUCUACUUGCCGGGCUGGGUCUGCCUCAGCCUGUAUCAGGACAUGCUGUCUAACGUCCUGCUGAGGAUCAAGUGCAGCAAAGAUGUAAAUGGUUUAAGUGGGGAGAAUGGGGAGGUUAAUGGACAGCUCGAGUCAAAGAAGCCACUCUAGGUUUGCUCUUAGAGGUUUUUAACUCCUAGGGGGGAAAUCUGGCUCACAUUAUACAAACAAACAUUAACAUUAAUUAACUGAUUUUUCUAAAAAUAUACAUAAAUAUUGCUAUAUUGCAAGAAUUGUAUCAUAUGGAACCAGAUUGUGGUCUGGGGCUCUGGAUUUGUCCACAAAGUAUUGCAUUACUUUGAGUCUUUGGACUGCUUUGGUCAGCAAUGUGUUGCCAUGACAACAGAUGUUGAAUAUAGGAUACAACAUUUUCUGUAGUUAAUAUAGUUUUAGAAAAGUUUAUGUUACCGGUUACUUUGGAUAUUUGGAGUCUGAACAUUUGUUAACAGUAUGCAGAUGAGACAUGUUCCAGCUGAUAUUCCUGGGUCCAGUAAUAAAGAUAAAAACACAACUGAGGACCCUGAAUUGUUUACCUAACCUGAUUCAAUUAAGUGAACCUACUGCCAUUUGUAUCUGAUAUAAAAUAUAGUUGUAAUAUUACUAUUUUACAAGUCUUCAUGACUUUGCGGUGUGAAUAUUAAAUUUUUUUAAUGGCCGCAGUGGCAGACUUGUCACCUUACACGUUACAUUACACUGGGGCAGGUCUGGUUUGAGUUGGAUCGAUUGUGUCAUUAACAUAUGCAUCAGCAUGCUUUAACUGUAGCUCAUAUCUGCAUGCUCUGAAGUACCCAUUAAAGAACAUCUGGAGAGUUUUGUUUCAAAAGGUUUAUGAUUUAAGUUUGUGCAAAAUAGAUAUUGGCCCGUAAUAUUCAAAAGUCAGUAUUUUCAAGGCAAAGACGAAACUGUUAACAGAGACACUAUUGUUCCAUUUUCUUUAGUUUUUUAGGGAUGCACUCAUACCGAUACUAGUAUCGGGUAUCAAGUUAGAUACCGUGCCAAUGUACUCAUAGUUGUAAUCAUAAAACCAGUCUGAUAACACUUUACAGCAGCGUGAUAUAAUCUCUUGUUGGUUGAGCAUGUAGGCUGAGGAUAACUUCAGCAGUUUGGAGACAUUUGAAGCAACUUUUACAGCAACAUUAGCACAAUUUAAUAUGUUACAGUCAAAGUGAGGAGCAUCUGAUGAAAAUAAAAUGUGUUUUCAAAGUCAUAAGAACUGUAAUGAUAUUAUUAAGUACUCAUAUUGGUACUCAGUAUCCACAAUUACUCAAAUUUAAGUACUUGUACUAUUUAGUUUGAUAACAAGUGGUAUCAGUGCAUCCCUGCAGUUUUUCUCAUCUCAUCUCAUCUUUUUAUUUACUUUUUGAUUGUCAAUUUACUUUUUGAAACAAACUGCCAAACCGCUUGUUAAUACGACCCCUGAAUAAUGCAUGGCAACUAUUAGAGUAGAGAUCAACCCAGUAACACAUGUAGCAAGGAGAGCUGUAGCUGAACAGAGACGAGGAGCCAAGUGAGAUUUUUCUACUGUGAAUCUUUCAUGAACCAAACGUAACUUUUGCUGGAGUGCCUUCCCGUGCAAAAUCGGAGUCAACCAGACUCAAACAAACAAGGCUUGGUGUCUUUGGGGCUCCUCUUUUUAUAUUUAAAGUGUUUUUGCACAUUUUAAUUAUAAAAAAUGUUUUAAUCUUCAUAACUAAUGACCGUCUGAGGUUGCAUUCGUCCCAACAGCACUGGUUCCACCGCUAAGUGACCGGUGCUGCUCGAAUGUAAAAAUUUCUAUAAACAAACACAAACGGCGUAGGUUUCAGUAUGGUUUAAUUUUGGAUGCAUUGAACAACCUCCAACAUUCUGUGCUUUCAACUUGUGUAACUGCUAAUAUUUACAAAAAAAGAUUAUCUGGUUGCAUAAGUAGCUCCUGCUGGACGAGUCUGUUUAGUCAUUGCUUGUUUUUGUCCUUAUUUUAUGAAACUUUCUUAUAGCCUCCUGCUCCAAGUCUAGUCAAAUUCAUUUCAAAAGUACUUACUGAGUGCGUUUACCCCAAACUGAUGGACAUUUCAUGUAAAUUGCAUUUCUUUGACAGACAGGCAGCCCAGAGCUGACGCCGACGUCUGUCUCAAAGACAGCAUAUUUAAUUUAAUUCCAUUAAUCAACUUAAUAUGAAGUGAAUAUAGUGCAGACAUAUUGCAAAUCCAGAAGGAACAGUUUUCAUUUAAAUAUUCCCAAAAUAAACUAUUGUGCAUGUUCUAACACCCAAAUUAGCUUUAUUAGCAGUCCUAUGCCUUAUUAAACUAAUCUAAGUACCUUGCACUGUGACUAAGCAAAUGGUGGUAAAUCUUAGCUAACUCUAUACAAGUCACUUUGUUAGGUAACUAACCAUCAUUUGGAGUUGGAGUUCAGAAUUAAGCGGCUGAUAAAUUGACGGAUUUGCCGGCAGCUGAAGCCGUUUAACUCCCACAGUAGCAUUUAAACUUGGUGCUGGAAUCAGUCCCAUCAUUGAUGAAGCUGCCCUUUAAAAAUGUCUCUAUAAUUAGGAAGUAUUUUGUUCUAAUCACACCUUUAAAUUAUGAUCAUUUGUAUUUUUGAAUGAAGGGGUGAGUUGUAUUUUCUGAAUGUUUAGAUAAGCUUGUUAUUUGUGGAGACAAAUCUUGAAUUCAUUUGAAAUCUGUUUAAGAUUUGAGUCUGAUUCAAUGGUUGGGUAAUGAUUAUAUACCUCUGUACGCUGUGGGAGCGACAUUGAAAACUGUUGCACGCCAUUAAAUAUAUUAGAAUCAUUCACUUUGUAUUGUUAAAAUAUAAAACCAGAUUUUCUUUUUGCCUGUGUGGUUGAUUUUAUCAAGGAAUCAAAUUGUAUUUUGUCUGUACAUUUUAAGAAUGAUUUACUUCUGAAAAAGAGAUGUCAAAUUUUAUUUUAAAAACAUUAAAUAAUUUAAGAACUGAUACAACUAGCACUGAGCAUUUACAGUACUAGUGAGUCCCGCCUGUAGCUGGUGUGUUUGGGAUUUUUUUCAUUCAACUUGGCAGCUAUUGAGGUUCUUAAACAUUUGAACCACAGCCACAUGAGUGAAAAGACUUUCUUUAAGACUUUUAAUGGCCGAAUAACUGUAUUUUAAUCAUACUUUACUUUGUGCUGUGUUAUUCACCAAUUUAAAAAAAAAAAAGACAGCUUUUAGAAAAUGUAUGAGUGGUUGGAAUAAAAUGCAAAUUAAAGUGAAAAAUGGUGACUGACUUGC